UCAGAACCUGUUCGGCACAAUGAACCGCCGAGCUUUCUUUACACUCACGCAAACAGGUUUCUGCUUAAUGAGUUAAAAAGCUAAGAUUUGCCAAGACAUAUAGCGGAGUUCUUUGAUAUUACAUAAUGUGAACAUGACCAUAGAUAAACCAUCAAUAGUUGGUCUGUUGGGGUCAAAUUCAAAUGGCGAAUUCAGUUGACCGCGAGCUGUGAUCGAGCAUGUUACUCUGGACAGAAAAAUGGAGUCUGACCGCAGUGCUGUUGCCAUUGCUGUGGUGGAGCUGUGUAAAUGGCGAAUUCUAUUCGUCAAUACAUGCCAUGUCCAAGGUCUUUGGCUAUGAGCAGAAACUGUUGCAGCACAUGCAGAAAUUCAUAGCCGAUAAUGACAGUAAAUUGGAUUUUCUGAAAGCGCGACUGGAGGAGUUCGAGCGUGAGCGUAACGAGGCGUUGCAAUGGGGCGUGGCAUACUUCGAGAGUCCGUUGAACAAAUAUUUGCUGAGCAAACGCCUGACGCUCGACUGGCAGCGCAUUGCGAAUCUGAUGGCAGCGUCAACUGGCGAGAAAUCACUCAGUCGACUGCAUCAACUGCGGCAGAGAAAGCACAUGCCAAACGAAGCUGAGCUCGAGGGCGCCAUCGAUGGUUUGCUGCGUUUACAGUCCAUUUACAGGCUGCAAACGAAGCAUGUGGCUGCUGGUAUACUGGAUGGCGUAUCCUAUGGCACUCAACUGAAUGCCGAGCAUUGCCUGGACAUUGGACAACAGGCGUUGCGAUUCGAGCAUUUGCAGCUGGCACAUGCCUGGCUAAUGGAGGCCAACAAUCGUCUGACCACCGCCGAAGAUCAUCAUCAGCUGCAGCCACAGAUUGCCGAGAAGCUGGCACAGGUUAAGGCCAGAUUGUCGAAUAACCAAGGUGUUAACGGCACAGUGGAGAAAAUCGAAGAGCAUUCACCCGUGCCUGAGAAUCUGACCGUACUUAGUGAAUUCGAUGCCUAUCGCUACACCUGCAGUGGCCACAUCAAACCCACUCCAAGUGAUCAACGUGAUCUACGCUGUGGCUACCUCACGGAGACGCAUCCUUUUCUGUUGCUAGCUCCGCUUAAGGUCGAAGAACUGCGCACUGAACCGUUGCUGCUGCUCUACCACGAAGUGCUUUACCAGAGUGAGAUUGAUGUCAUCACUAAACUAACGAGGAACAAAAUUGAGCGUGCCACAGUCACGGGCCAAAACUCUUCGACCGUGUCCAAUGUGCGCACCAGUCAAUUCACAUUUAUUCCCAAGACCCGACAUAAAGUUUUGCGAACCAUUGAUCAACGUGUGGAGGAUAUGACGGGGCUUAAUCUGAUGUUUGCGGAGGAUCAUCAGUUCUCGAACUAUGGCGUAGGUGGGCACUAUGCCCAGCAUAUGGAUUGGUUCUAUCCGAACGCAUUCGAAACAAAUCAGGUGGCAAAUCCUGAAAUGGGCAAUCGCAUUGCCACCGUGCUUUUCUAUCUCACCGAUGUGGCACAAGGCGGUGGCACCGCAUUUCCCAUUAUAAAGCAAUUACUGAAGCCCGAGAAAUAUGCGGCCGCAUUUUGGUAUAACCUGCACGCUUCGGGCGUGGGCGAUACUCGUGUCCUGCAUGGCGCCUGUCCCAUUAUCGCCGGCUCCAAGUGGGUGCUAAACCGAUGGAUACGCGAAAAUUAUCAGUCGGAUAAAAGACCCUGUGAAUUGUGGGAUGACUCUCAGAUCUCGUUGAGUCAGCUCUUAGAACUUAGCAGACGAGCGAGUAAACAAAUUUAAAUAAUGCAUUUUAUUUAUUACUAAAUAAAUAGCAAAUUUCAUUCUCAGCUGUAACAAAUAAACUUAAA